AGAAACGUUGAAAAGCGCAACACGAUGAUUGAAAAUGUAUAUUUUAAUUCAUCUCUUUUAAACUAACAACUUUGCUUCCCCCUUUCCAAGAAAAUUUAAACACUCGCCGCUGUUUUUAUUGUUAUAGCUAUGUGAAUAUUUACAAGUUUUCAACUGAUAAGUCACAUAUUUUGCAGCCUCUGAGUCGCCUGCGCACACAGCCCAAAGCCCGCUGUCCUUUGCGGUGGGUGGAUUGUUUAGCGUCUGCGGCAUAAUUAAAACAUGGCGGAGUCGGAGGAGGAAUUGAGGCUUAAGCGAAUAAAGGAGGAAGAUGAGCGCAUGUCCAGAAUGUUUGAUGAAGUCAUGGGGCUUGGAGACUUUGCAGACUCCUCUAUAGGUUCAGGCUCUUCAUCGAAAAGUGGUCAAGAUGAGUCGAAAGUUGUAGAAAAAGAUCAGCAACUUGGUGAACAGGACAGCUGCAGCCGACGAGAAGAAAAGAUGGAUGAGGAUGUGGAUGAGUUAUUUCCGAGCAUAGCGUCCUUUUCGUCUGAACCUUCUUUUACUGCAGGAGCUAAUGCAGAAAGUGGUGGGGCAGCCCUUGACAAUGCGAUGGAUGCACCUCCGCCGACUGGUGUCGAGGAUGAUGAUGAUGACUGGGACUUUAACUUUCCACUUAAAAGUGAUCAGUCAAAAGGGGGCAAAUCUGAAACCCAAAGUGAAACCUUUCCAGGAGAUUCAAGAGAGGCAGAGGACAAUGGGAGCAUUAGUUCUGCAUCUACAACUGCUUCUUCAGUGGCACGUGAAGAUGAGAAUGGCCAAGGUGUUGCAGAAAGAAGUUCAGAGACAGAUGACAGCCAACAGGAACCGCCACAGGCAGCUCCCCCAGACAACGUUAAUCCGCCUCUGUCUCCUAAUGUGAACAUCAAAGAAGAGCCCAUAGAUGAGGAGUAUGAUGCUGCAUUGUUGCCCCAGAACUCCAUCAAAGAUAUCAAAGAAGAACUAGAGCAGGAGGAGGAGCUCAGGAUCAGUUCAGUGUUUUCUGUGGGUGGAAGCAACGCUUUUGCACAUCCAUCUGUGGCAGCACCAGUGCCAGUUCCAGCACCAGUUCCAGCACCAGUUCCAGCACCAGUUCCAGCACCGACUCAACCUACCCCAGCGACAAUUUUUCUUCCAGGGAGAGGUACAGUGCCCCAGGUCAUAGCUCCUGCCCCUGCCAGAGCACCUGUACCAGUUCUAAAUACUGUACCUGCUGCCCCAACAACGACAAUGCCCCCCCGUCCUCCUCCACCACCUACUGUAGCUGGUGGUGUGCGCUGUAGUGGAUGUUCAAAGAUUCUAAUGAAAGGUCAAACAGCAUUCCAAAGAAAAGGGUCAACACAGCUCUUCUGCUCCACAGUCUGUCUGACUGGACACUUGCCUUUAGUCACCAAAAACCGAACCUGUUUUCAAUGCUACAAGGACAUUGCAAAUCCAAGGGAGAUGGUCACAGUUUCAGCAGAAAACAACACGUUAAUGAACUUUUGUGGGCAGUUUUGUCUGUCUGUGUACAGAAGUAAAAAGAAAAAGACUGAAACAGACAAGUUUCCUGAUAAGAAGCAAACCAUCUUACCCGACAAACCCCUGUGCAGCGUGUGCAAACUACCUAACAAGAUUGAGCAUGAGGUUAAUCAUCAAGGCGCUCUAUACAAGCUAUGCAGCAAUGCUUGCUUUUUGUCUUUCCGAAAGAUGAAGCAGUUAGCUUUGAAUUGUUGUGAAGGCUGUGGACUCUACUGCAACAGUAACUCUGGUUCCUGUCAAACACUCAUGGUUGAUAAGUCUGAACUAAAUUUCUGUGGUCCAACAUGCAUCAGCACUUACAAACAAACCUGCAGAAAAACUGCUGAAUGUGCCUGCUGCCAUAAGGUGGCUGUAGUAUCUGCAACUGUCAUGGAAAUGGACCAAAAGGGAAAAGUUCAACUUUAUUGUUCGACAUUGUGUGUUGAAAAUAGUCGACCACCAAAGCACGUACUUAGUGAUACUGCUUUUCCUUGUGGCCAAUGUAAUGUAUCAGCAGUUCCACAGUAUCAUCUUGCCAUGGUGGAUGGAACUAUACGAAACUUUUGCUCACUUGAUUGUGUUACUACAUACCGGAAAUCUAAACAUACAAACCUUCCAAAUGGAACUUCAGCCCCCAAAGAAAUGCCUGUAAAAGAUGGCACAAACCAUACAUCUACAAGAGAAAGCAUUUCAAGUUCUAAAGACACGUGCUCUCUCAAUAUUAACCACUCCCAUCAGCCGCUUAUUGUACCUUCAGCUAACAAGUCAGAAAUUCCAGCUGUCUCUGAACCAGAGCAAAAUCUGACUAAAUCUGACCUACAUAAAGUCCAACUGUCUUGUGAAAACUGUAAAAAUCUAUUCAGAUCCAAACCACAGCUAUUGAGUCACCAGGGUAGUAUUUCAAUAUUCUGCAGCAAUGCAUGCUGCUUUGAGUAUAAAACACAGAAGAAUAUUGUGGCAUUUUGCCAAAACUGCAAAAAGGAAAAAGUGCUUUAUGAAAUGAUAAGCAACAACGAAGAAGAUGUGUCUUUGUGCAGUGAAAAUUGUAAACAACUUUUCCAGCAAUCCUUUUUGGAUAAUCCAUGUAGCUACUGCUCCAGGUUCUCCAGCAAAAAUGUACAGAGUCAUUAUUGUGGGCAAAUGAAAGGAUUUUGUAAACCCUACUGCAUGUCCAAGUACACCGUGCGUUACUAUGGGAUGGCCCGCUGUGACAACUGCAGGAAGCAGGGCUAUAUGACUGAAAACCUGCAAUGUAUGGGCUCAGUGAGGAACUUCUGUGACUUGCCCUGCCUUCUUCAGUAUUGCCACAUACAUUUUGAUAAAGGAACACAUUCCUUAAGCAAUGGGACGGGCCCAGUGCCUCCUAAACUCAAUGGAACUCCUGCUCAGUCUGAUGAAAUCAUCAAGAACUUUGAUCACGCCAGUACCCAGACUGUUGGCCCACAUGUGCCUAUGCCUCGUCGACGGCCAAUGAAAAAUAAGACCAUUCUCUGUCGCCCAAUCACAAUGGACCAAGAGGUUUCUUGCCAGCUACUGUGCCCUCCUGAUUCUACAGCUCCACUCGAUACCAAGCUGCCCUUGAAGUCCAUGGCAGAUGUAUCUACCUCUACGCCAGCGUCACCAAGUCUUCUGGAAGACGGCGAAACAUGCACGGGUCUGCCUGCACGCCUUUCUGGACGCCAUUUUCUAGGCACAAGAGAUUCUACUACCAGCUGCAAGGUCUGCUCACCUCAACCUGUCACAUGUAAGAGAAAGAGAACUGAAGAAGAGGAACCAGAGGAGCGGAAGAGACCGAAGCUUGAAGAAAAUAUCCUCAAGGAGAAUUUAGAGAAUGAAAACAAGGAGGAAGAAGACUGUGAUGUAAAAGUUCUGAAGGGACAAACCACAUAUUAUUGUAAGACAUGUUCGGGAGAGCCCAGCCUCUGCCCAGUGCCAUGUUUUGAACUCUACCACACAAGACUAAUCUACAGAGCAGUGCAAGAACUGAAAACACAUGAGGAUCCUUCAGAUUAUGUUCUGCCUCCGCCCCUGACAGAAGAGGAGAAAGUGAAGUAUGUGAUGGUCCCAGUCCCUGUGCCCGUUUUCAUCCCUGUUCCUCUGAACAUGUACUCUCAGCACACCCCUGUCCCAGUGCCAAUGCCUGUACCAGUUCCAGUGCCCAUGGUCGUCCCUCCACAGAAAAAAGAAAUGACAGAUACUGCUGUCCAGUUUGAGGAGGAACCCACGAGAGAAAACACCCUCCUCUAUGAGAAUGGAAAUUGUGAUAAACCAGAGCCACACUCCAGUAGCCCCAUUCCUGUCACUGAUAAUGUCAAUGAGCACGAACAAACCACCACUACAAAUGACUUUGCUUUAACCAGGUUAGAAUUUGAAAAUCCCACAUCACCUGCCAUGGAUUUAGAGCUGGGUGUUCCAUUUGCGUUAGAUAAGAAAGGUUUUGCUCGGCGAGGAGUCAAGAGGAAAAGGUCUCAAACACAAACUGCUUCAGGGAGUGACAAUGCAACUGAGUCUCCAUCCAUAAAGCUAAACCAUGAAAAUGGGAUCAAUGCCUGGAAAAGCUGGGUCAGGCAGUGCAACAACAAUUUACCAAAUGAAAGCUCUUUGGACAUUAAAGAAGACAUUUUUCUUUGCGAUUCCAGUCACCUCAGCUUGGCUCUGUGUCGCUUCAUUAGAGAAGUACGGAGGCCCAAUGGGGACAUGUACAGCCCAGACAGCAUAUUCUACCUGUGUCUGAGUAUACAACAGUAUUUAUUUAUGAAAGGCCGGACAGAAAACAUCUUUAACGAAAAGCUGUAUAGUCAGUUUGCCUCUGAUAUUACAGACAUGCUCAAGCAUUGGAAGCCCACCCUCUCAGACAGCGGUGCAGUGAUUCCCUCUCUUGUUGAAGAGUCUUUUCUAUGGGAGUGUAAGCAACUCGGGGCUUAUUCUCCAUUAGUGCUGUUGAACACAUUGUUGUUCUUCUUCACCAAACACUUUGGUCUCAUUACCGUGGACGACCAUGCAAGCCUUUCUUUCACCGAUGUCAGUUUAUGCUCCAAGCCCUGCAGCAGAGCGGGCAAUGUCUCCUACCUCCAAUUUACCAGAGGAAGAGGGUCCAUCCUGAAUAAAACUGAGGAGGGAAAACCUGAGAAGGAAGACAAAACAAUAGAGUUGCUUGAAAAUAUGGCAAAUCCUCUUCAUUGUCCCGUCAGACUGUACGAGUUCUACCUCUCAAGAUGUGCGGAGAUGUCAUAUCAAAGUUGGGGUCUGUUUUACGUGCAGCCUGAGCCCACUGUCCACACAGACAGCCCUGUUUGGUACACAGGUCAACCAUUAGAUAGAAACAUACUCCAGAGCAUGCUCACACGAAUACUGGCUGUCCGAGAGGUCCAUCAGCAACUACAUAAACAACAAUAGGUAAUCAAGCAUUUUUUUUUUUAUGUGUUUUUUUAAGGAGUGGAAAUAUUAUUUUCUUUUUAUUUGGCCUUUUUUAAUUUCUACAUGUGCCCAUUGUAUUUUGGGGCAAAUUAAGUGCAUCCUUGAAUAGUACUACUAGAACUAUCCUUUUUACUACAUGCCUCUCAUACCAUAAUUGCUGGUAUAAAUAUUUGAUUCCAAUUGAUUUGUGGUUUCAAGAGAUAUACAUAUAUUAUCCGGAUAUGGAACAGUAUUAUAAAGGAGAUUUAUAGAUUAUAUAUAAACUUAGCUUUAAAAAAAAAUAAAUAAUGAUUUUAGAUUUAUUUUGUGUAGUUAGACAGUUUAACAUACGAGGUUGUAUUGAGGUUUUGCCUUGUUUUAUCUUUUUAUUCUGAACCAUAUAAAUGCUGUUAUACGGGACAUUUUAUAGAUUUUUCUUUUUUACAGAAAAAGUGUAAUAUUUCUACCAUGUAACAUGUUUUGCAUGUGAAGAGACACAAUGUUUAUCAUGUACAAAACCUGUAUUACUUCAUUAUUUCAGCUCUCAUCAGUCACUACUGUAUUGGUUCAUGUUUACAUUUACAAAGGCAUCUUGGCAUUCUUACAGAAAUACUGAUACAUCUACUGGUUCAAAUGAAAUUGUUUUGUUGUAUACAGCAUAUGGUUAAACUUUACACAAAUUACAGCAAUAUUGGUGAGGAUAAUGGCAGCAUGGACUAUGUAAUAUUCAAAGUACAUUUUGUGAAUUUUAUAUAAAGCCUUUUGUAUGAAUGGUCAGUUGAAUUUAACUUUA